AUGGGCUCGUUGCACCAUCUCAGGCGCCUGCUCUUUAUCGAAGUCAACAUGACCGCCCCAAACCUCUGCCAACUCUCCUGCCAUCCUAUACUGGACAAUGGGGGGUACUGCAUCACGCCCUGCUUGGACGUCUGUCCUGACGUCUGCCGCCAACCAAUACCUCCGCUUCCUCUGCCGCCGCCGUGUCCGCCGGAGGAUGAACCCCCGUUGGACGCGUACGGAGGAAGGCCCCACCAUCUGUCGCCGUUCUUGAUCCCCCUCUUCGCCGCCCUCGCCGCGCUCUUCGUCCUCGUCGUGUGCUACGCGCUGUACGCGAGGUGGUAUUCGGGCCGGCCGCGGCCCGGGGGCAGGGGACCGCCGCGGGCGGAGCCGGAGACGAGCGUUGUCCACGACGAGUUCCUCGACCACGACCAGGGGCCGGUCCUGGACCACCCGAUCUGGUACAUCCGCACCGAAGACGAGACUCUCAGGCUGUUGCCGAAGUGCAACCACGCUUUCCAUGUCCCGUGUAUCGAUACCUGGCUCCAAUCGCACACCAAUUGCCCCCUGUGCCGUGCGCCUAUCGUCACUAUCGCCGCGCAGGCUCUGCCGCCGGAGCGGCCGAACGCAGAGAGCUCUGCUUCUGCAGGGGAGAUGGGAAUUCAGGAGGUCGAUGAUGGUCUGGGGAGAGAAGCGGAAAGGAUUGCCGAACCGAGGGGCGAGAGCGAGGAGGAUGGUGAAUUGGACUUGGAGGAUGGAAGGAAGAGGAUCGAGGACUUGAGCAGCGAGGUGCAACCGAUGAGGAGAUCCGUUUCCUUGGACUCUCUGUCAGCGUUGAAGAUCAGUCUCGCGGUCGCAAAUGCUCUUCGAGGUGAAUCAGGAUCCUCGAGGAAGUCUGGUCCUGAAUUGGCCGGAGAAAAUCAGGGAAUUGCCGUUACUAUCGUCCCCAAGAGGAAUGCUAGUUGCGAGAAGCAACCGAUGAGGUCGAUGGGCAGUUCCAGUUCAUCGAUCGGAAGAUCACUAGCGAGUGGAUCCAGCUCGAGAACAAGGUCGUUCUCCUCAAGCGGGAGGUUCUUGUUCUCGAAGUACGGCCGAAGCAGGAGCUUGGCUCUUCCUCUAUGA